AUGGCUGUCCCCGAAGGUAACGCUACUGCUGGUGCCAAGCUCUUCAAGACCCGCUGCGCUCAAUGCCACACCGUUGAAGCUGGUGGUCCUCACAAGGUUGGUCCUAACCUUCACGGUGUCUUUGGUCGCAAGUCUGGUCAAGCUGCUGGCUACUCUUACACUGAUGCCAACAAGAACAAGGGUGUCGAGUGGAAUGAUCAAACCAUGUUUGACUACUUGGAGAACCCUAAGAAGUACAUCCCUGGCACCAAGAUGGCAUUCGCUGGUUUCAAGAAGCCCAAGGAUCGUGCUGAUGUUGUUGCCUACUUGAAGGAGGCCACCGCCUAA